GGCCUCGCCUUCCUCGAGGCGAACGCAGAGGCAGAGGGCGUGGUAGUCCUGCCCUCGGGGCUGCAGUAUCGUGCUCUGGCUCACGGCGGUGGGGAAACGUCACCUGCCGUCGACUCGCCCAUCGAAGUUAGCUGGGAGGGCUUCACCGCGGCCGCCUUCAAUGCGACACCUCGUGGCGCACCCUUCUACUCGACAUACGCGGGUGAUGGGCCAAUGCCACUCACGCCGCAGGAGGGGGUGAGCGCGUGGGAGGAGGCGCUCACACUCAUGGGCGAGGGCGACAGGUGGGAGCUGUUCGUGCCGGCCCAACUCGGCUACGGCGAGGACGGCAUGGAGGGCGUCGUCGAGAAAGGAGAGGCGCUCGUGUAUGUCCUCGAGCUCGCCGUCAUUGAG